ACGGAAGUAUAUUCGCCGGACUCAUGUUGGUGACGUAGUGCGCUACCGUUGUAAUAUGACAGCUGAACGAGAAAUAUUCCUAAAAUGAGCAGGUUAGCGACAUAAAAAAUAAUUUGCAUUUAGGGAAAUCAUGUCAGUGUGACCUGAAACAGUCCUCGACCCGACUGCAGUGAGUUUUCGACGGACUGAGAGCGUGUUUUACGGACAUCAUCAUGUCGUUUCUGGUGGACUCAGUCAUCAUGUUCACCUCACAGGUGCUGUUCUUUGGAUUUGGCUGGUUAUUCUUCAUGCGGCAGCUGUUCAAAGAUUAUGAGGUGCGACAGUAUGUUGUCCAGGUGGUUUUCUCUGUCACCUUUGCUUUUUCUUGUACCAUGUUCGAGCUCAUCAUCUUUGAGAUUCUGGGUGCCUUAAGCAGCAGUUCCAGGUAUUUCCACUGGAAGCUGAACCUGUAUGUGAUUCUGCUGGUUUUAAUCUUUGUGGUGCCUUUCUAUAUCGGUUACUUUGUUGUCAGCAACAUACGCCUUUUGCAUAGACAAAGGCUUCUUUUUGCCUGUAUGGUUUGGUUUACCUUCAUGUAUUUCUUCUGGAAGCUGGGAGACCCAUUUCCCAUCUUGAGUCCAAACAUGUGAUCAAUUCCUGUCUGUUGUUUAGGGAUUCUGUCCAUUGAGCAGCUAAUCAGUCGUGUUGGUGUGAUCGGAGUCACUCUAAUGGCUCUGCUGUCUGGGUUUGGUGCUGUCAACUGUCCUUACACAUACAUGUCAUAUUUCCUCAGGAAUGUAACAGACAGUGACAUCCUUGCUCUGGAGAGAAGACUUCUCCAAACUAUGGACAUGAUUGUCAGCAAAAAGAAAAGAAUUGCCAUGACACGGAGGCAGAUGUACCAACGUGGGGAAGACCAGAACAAACAGACAGGAUUCUGGGGCAUGAUCAAGAGUGUCACCUCCACACAGACAGGAAGUGAAAAUCUUUCUCUGAUCCAGCAAGAGGUUGAUGCUUUAGAGGAGUUGAGUCGACAACUCUUUCUUGAGACUGUGGACCUACAAGCCACUAAGGAGCGAAUUGAGUAUUCAAAGACAUCAGGGAAAUACUUCAACUUCCUUGGCUACUUUUCCAUCUAUUGUGUCUGGAAAAUCUUCAUGGCAACUAUAAACAUAGUGUUUGAUCGAGUUGGAAAGACAGAUCCAGUGACGAGGGGUAUUGAAAUUACAGUGAACUACUUGGGCAUCCAGUUUGAUGUGAGACGUAAAAUUUGGUCCCAACACAUUUCUUUCAUCCUGGUGGGAAUAAUAAUCGUUACAUCUAUACGUGGCUUACUCAUUACCCUCACCAAGUUCUUCUAUGCAAUAUCAAGCAGCAAGUCUUCCAAUGUCAUCGUGCUAGUCCUCGCUCAGAUCAUGGGGAUGUAUUUUGUGUCAUCUGUGCUGCUGAUGCGAAUGAGCAUGCCCCUGGAGUAUCGCUCCAUCGUGACAGAGGUUCUGGGAGAGCUGCAGUUCAACUUCUAUCACCGCUGGUUCGAUGUCAUCUUCCUGGUCAGCGCCCUGUCUAGCAUCCUCUUCCUUUAUCUCGCUCACAAGCAGGCACCAGAAAAACACAUGGCUCUCUGAUCCCUUACUGUGCAGCUCCUCUCUCGGAUAUGACUCCUCACGCAUGGGGUGACUUUCAAUCUGGGAUUUAGACAUAUCCGGAAAUCACAUUUUUUUAAAUAUAUAUAUAUAUAUAUAUAUAUAUAUGUAUAUAUAUAUUGGAUAUAAUUAUUUGGACUGCCUGUUCCUGAAUCAGGAAUGGCUGAAUUUUGGGUGCGAGUGGUGGGGAACUGUUGGAGUACACGAGGAAACAACUUUACAAUUAAAGUAUUUCCAGAAUUCAGUUUUUUUUUUUCUGUAAAUGCAGAUACUAUGUUUGCUUUGGUCUUAAAGUUUAAUUCUUUUUGUCAAAAAGUCUCGUCAUUCUGAACACACUGGAGCUAACCAUGAGAUACCACCCAUGAGCUGCAUUUUUUAGUGACUGUAAUUUUCAGCAAAACGUUCAGUUCUUUCAUCGGGAACAAAAACAGAUAACCAUAAAGUUAUUCAGAUGGUACAUGUGCAUUUAUUUGUGUUCAUGAGAACUCUCAUCCAUUUACUUUCAUUUUAGAAAUUUUAACAGCAAAAUUAAAUUUUUUGUAGAACAUUAAAUAAAAGCAGCAGUUUGUGCACUGAGAAAAAUACUUGAAAAGCCACAGUGCUUUUACUGGCAGUGAAGUGUUUUUCAUUUUAAUAACAUCAGCAAUCUCAGGUGUUUCAAAGAUAAUACUCAUCAUUGUAUUGCCCACAAGUAGAUCAAAGGAUCUAUGAUCACAGGUUCCUGAACAAUCUUGGUAUUUGGGAACGCGUCUUUGUUCUAAGCCCUUUCAUACAAUGGAAGCAGCUAUUCUGUUGUGAAUCUGAUUUUGGCAGUAGAUUUCAAAAGUCUUUACAGUCCUCGUCCUGUCGGUUUCUUCAUCUCUUUUUCACUUGUGAUAUCAACUGGAUGUAUGAAGCCCAUAGAGCAGAUUGUUAAAGAAAAAACAUCAACGUCUGAUUAGUCGAAAUCAGGAAAGGGAUUCUUCAGAUGGCUGCUCAGAAUCUCUCAUCUAUGCUCUCUUCAGAUGAAUUUGAAGUCACAGAUGUGGCCUAGAAGAGAGGAAAAAUUAAUAAUGUUUAAUCAGCUGACAUUUUCUUCCUGCUUUUAGGUGAAUGAUAAAUUAGGAAAAGGCAGGAUAAGUGUUGUUAUGUUUGACUUUAAUCAGGAUGUAGCGAAUACAUGACCACAUGUAAAGAAGGCCAAAAGUCUGCAGCAAUGUGUAGCAGUCCUUUGGGCUAAAUGCUAAUUUUGAUUUUCGGGUAAAAUAAAUAUCACGCUUGCCACAG